AUAAUAUAAAAUUAUCCUUUAUGCCAUCAAGAUCAAAGCGACGAUAAAUUUUUGUGUGUUCAAAUGGUCAAAUAAAUUUCUAUCAGAAAGACAAAAUUGUUACGAGCAAAAUGAAAAAAUUUUUGUCACUGUUUUCUCGAAAUCGAAAAUAUAAUAAUGUGUUGGAAGCACUGUAUAUCACUAAUCUUCUUAUAAAGUUGACAGGAUAUCAAGUGAUCGGAUUAGAUUACUCAAACUGUGACAUUGAAUCUGAGUUCUCAUGUUUGGGAUUAUUAUUCUUUUUUCUUUGGUCCAUUUUAUACACUUAUUGCUUUUAUAACGCACAAAUCCAGGGUCAAUCAGUUCUACGGUUGAUGUUCAAUUCGAAACUUAAACAGUACGGGGAUAUCUAUGAGGUGGUUGCGACAGCAUUGUAUUUUCUUUAUAUGAUACGGAAACUCUGUUUUGAUUUGUUCGCCAGUCCUCGCUUUGCUAGAACAAUUAUUAAUAUUGACAAAAUGGUGAGCGGUAUAGGUAUACAUAUAGAUUAUAAUAAAGACCGUUGGCUCACAAUUGGCUGUGUAUUAUUUGUAAUAAUUAUUUGUAUAUUUCGAUCAGUUUCUUUAUGGUUUGUUUUAAAUAAUAUAAACGUCACUGUACCCUACGAAAGGGCAUUUCAAAGUAUAUAUUCUGAUAACUUGGCCCUCGUAAUGUCUAUAUUUUAUUGGUAUCAUUUAUUUUUAUUGCGAGAGAGAUAUACUCUAUUGAACAAGGUGUUGAUCGAUAUAAAGAAUCGGAGUUCAUGGGAACACAUGAUAUUUAUUCGACGUAAACCAGAGAAUAUGAAUAGAGCUUCGCAACUUCAAGACAAAUACAUCUGUGAUAAAAUAAAGAUCUGUGCAAAAACAUGUAGCAUGCUGUUUUCAGCUUCUGAAAUAAUAAACGAGUUGUUUGGUUUUGCUCUUUAUUUUAGUUUGUUGAUUUGUAUGAAUUUUAUAAUUAUCUAUAUGUUUUAUUUUAUGGAAGCAACUGCAUCUGGAUUAUUUCACGAUACGAAAAUAUAUUUAGAUUUUUUAGUAUACAUAUUUUGGCAGAUUAUGUACUCAACAGUGAUUUUGUUUAUUAAUGUAUAUUGUGCUGAGAGUACAGUUUGUCAGGUCAAGAAAAUGGCAUUUAUUGUACAUGAAGUAAUAAAUAGUGAUUUGAGUCCUGCGAUCACGAAGGAGGCGAUGCUGUUAUCGCAGCAACUGCUACAUCAGUAUCCAAAGUUUACAGCUUCAGGUUUUUACACGUUGGAUUAUGAGAACCUAUAUCAGAAAGCCUUAACCAUAGUGACCUUUAUACUGAUGAUAUUGCAAUUUGUUUCCGACUCGGAAAGAAAACAUUACUAAAGUUUAGGUUGCACGAGCUGUGACCUAAAAAUUGAAGGAUAUUCAGUUUUAUGGAUUCUGCACGUUAUAAUGUUUCUUUUCAAGAUUUUUGAGGAUCCAGAUAUUCAGAAGAAUCUCAUUUCAGUA